CCGGAAGUAUACAAAUGUUGCUAGCAGGUGUCCCACCAUCAGUCUGUUUGGCUUCAAGCUGUUUAUAUUUUAACUGCAAGCAUGAUUGUGACAAACAGAAUGUUUUGACGUGAUUGAGCAAUUUGCACUUAAAGAAUAAAGGAAUUCAGAAUGGACAGACCAUUAACGAUGAAAAGUGGGAAAAGCGGGAAGAGUGGUGUGGCGCUGAAGUCCAACUACUCUGUGCAUCAUCGCUCUGACAUUCUCAUGGAAGAACAGAUUGAGGCAGUUCAGAAAGGUCAAGAAGACUUGAAGAAAGCUCUAUCUGAUCUGGAAUCAGCGAAGAAUGAAGAGGAUGUUGAUAAAUGUCGGGCUGCAGUACAAGAGGCCAAGGAGAAAUCUGAGAAAGCUAUCAUGGUUUUACAGGUUUUGACUAAAGUGAACACAGAGCUACAGUUUGCUAGAAAUGAGUUAGAUGAGGCCCUGGAGAAACAGGAAGGUGAUAUAAAUGAGGCCAGGAAGAGGGUUAUGUGGUUGGAGGAUAGAAUUGGUAUACUGUGUGGGAAAGCCAGGCUCAGGGUUCAGCCUAGCAAGCCACGCCUGAAGAGUUUUAGGUCACCGGAAAGGUCAUACAGGUCAAGGUUAGGUAGUGCCACUGAUAGUAGUGAAAGUGAAGAUGAAGGGGAAAGAGGUCGACCAAUGCGUAUGGGUCGUAACAUGUCAAUAGAAGUUAGUACAGUGACAACUCGGCAUGCAGACAUGUACUCUCCGGGCGAGUCCGAGUCUGACUAUGAUCCUUACUAUCAACCAGGUCGGUCUGGUCUUGCUGAUACACCGUCUUCUGGUGCUGAAUCCUUCUUGGCACAUCAGAAGAUGGGAGGUAUGAAAGGUCCUGGUAUGAUGCAGGGUCCAGGUAUGGGAGAUAGUGAGUCUGAAUCAGAUGACGGCAUGCCUCCUCCUAUGUUACCUGGACCAGCUGUGGCUCAACAGAGGCGAGGACUAGACGACUCGGGUUCUGAGUCUGAUUCAGAGUACAGCGGUGCUCCACCACCACCACCACCACCACAGACAGUCCAUCAUGGAGAGGGACUUUCUGUCCUGAAACCAGUAGGUUAUACUGCACCUACAGAAAGCUCAAUGUAUGGAGAGACUCGAAGAACAGCAAGAACAGAGGGAGAAACUUUAGCAUACACUGAGAGACAGACAGAUGAACAGACAGAGGGACAGACAGAUAGACAGGUGGAAGAGGAAGAACAGAAACAAGGUGAUAAGGCAGAAAUAGAGAGAAAAGAAGACGAAGAUAUGGAGAGAGAGAAGAGUGAUGUGUCUGAACAAACAGAGACAGCAAGUUCAUAUAGUGAGGUCAGCAGACAAACAGAACAACAAGAAGGUGACCCUGUGUUUAUAACUGAACCAUCAUUUCGCAAGGAGAAAACAGUGACAAUAAAAACACCUCAGAGACAGACCAGAAGAGGAGUACGUAGGGUAACAUUUCGUGACAUGGUAAAGGAUGAAGCAGCCCAAUCACUGGAAGCACAGGAAGAAAGUUUUCUGGAAGAGGAACUGGACAUAGAUAAGGCACGUGACUACUGGCUGUCUGAACACCACAGGUUCGAGUACUCGCAGUACUCUGAGGUGUUACUCGAGUUAGAUCCCCUGUCAUACCAUAAUGUCGGCCUAGCUUUGCCUGGCACUUUCAUAGAAAAACGUUUAAGUCUAUAUAAAAACAUUUUACCCGGGCCUGGUAUGGUAACAGCGCCACCUUCAACAGCAGACGGCAUGUCACGUCCCCAGACUGUAUCACAGGAAAUAGUUCCUAGUAAACUGAGGCCCGGUCUAAAUGUUUACCAUCCAAAACCUAUCCCUCCACCAGAGAUGUUACCCUUAACUAGAACUAGCAAAGACAAGGAGUACCCUAGACUGUCAAACACGUUUUGCGAGACAGACGAUAUACUCGUCCAUAAACCUGCCAUCAGAAUUGUAGAUCAACGUAAUUUGUACAAAGAGACGAAGCUGAAGCUGUAUCGAGAUCGGCCAAAAAGAAGCGAGGACGGUCCGAGCACAACGGAGAAAAAGUUCCGUAUGAUGUUAGAACAAGAGAAAAGCAUGGCGUCUAGAAGUUCACGGAGCUCAAGGCAAACUACGGGUAAAGGAGGACCAAGUACUAGAAUGUCAAUGAGUAGAACACUUACAAAAGCGAGCACAUGGUCCAGAUUGAAGCCAAACAGCCGUGGUAAGGAAUAUGGUGGACUGAAGUGGGAACGAGUGAAGACAAUAGUGCAUGUAUCGUUGGUUUCUAAAAGAGCGGAGGAAAGAAGAGAUGCAGCUAAACAUCUUGGUCUACUACGAUGUGGUGAUGCUAUGGUGUUCUUUGCUCUCAAGGAGAGGCUGAGGGUAGAUGAAGAUUCUAGAGUGAAAUAUGAAGCUGCAAAGUCACUCAUUCUAUUAGGAUGCUGGGAUGAAGAUGUGUUACAAGUGGUGUUAAAGUAUAUCGUCAUUGGCAACGCAGAGAUACGUCAAGACCUUAUUCUGAACAUGAUAGAUGGAAAAAAUGUUCAGUAUGUUAACAAGAAAAUCCCAACAUUUCCAGAGUUGGUGAAAGUUUUGAGUCAUUUUUGUUGCAACCCCGACCCUGAUGACUCUAUAGCAUUUGAUGCAGCUGUGUUGCUAGGCAAACUCUGUGUCAUGGAUGAGAAUGCUAAAUUCAAGCUUCUAAGAUCCCUGGAACACAGUACUGAUACGCAUAUAAAGGCAAAGGCUUUAGAAGUGUUGGUGAAGCAGUUGAACUGUACAAGUUGGGAUGUUGUUCAGCACUUGUUGACAUUGUUCCAGAAGUCUCCAGUAUGGAAAUAUAGGGCCCUAGCUGCUGAUCUACUCAUUGUUCUUGGUAAGGAUAAUGUUUGUAAGAGAGGUGAAGAGGAGAAGAUUUAUCAUAUUCUAGAAAGGAAACUAUGGGAUGAUCCUAAUAAGGAUGUGAGAGUAUCUGCAGCCAAGGCUCUCGCUGCAUUAGGAAUGUUUGGAAAGGCAUGUGAACGAAUUGAAAAGAGAUUAGAGGACACGGAUGAGGAUAUCAGAGCUCAGGCAGUCAUUUCUGUGGGGACAUUGGAGAUGAAGAAUGAGAAGAUUAUACGACUAUUGUUGGAGAUGUUAGAACUUGAUGCCAGUGAAUAUGUCCGCCUGAUGAUUGCAAGAACAUUCACAGUGCUAAAACUUGCAGAUAAGAGGGUUUUGAGAGCCCUCAGAGAGAGGGACAAAGUGGAAGGUGCCCUGGCCAGAGAAUCAAGGAAAGCGUUAAAAGUUCUGGAAUCUUCGGUAGUUCAGGUCCGGCUUACGUCACCUACAGGCCGGAAGUCUAUGGGUUCCCGCGCAUCGGCUCGAGGGAUAACACCGCGCUUCACUCCUGCAGUGACCGCAUGAGAUUACUGUCCCUUGUAGGAUUCCAGUUACAGUAGAUGAAGUGGUGGAUUGAAAUUUGCCGUGUGAUUAUCUAAGACAGAACACUAGUUCUCUAUUGAUAACUGUUGUGAUACAGAGAUUACUAUUGUUUUAGCUUAAAACAAAAAUUUAUGA